AUGUCUACUAUAAAAACUCCUUUUGAUCCAGUCCUCGUCCGCACGGCGAGCCAUUUGAUGGCAGCGAAGAUGUACUCACUCGCUUCCUGCGUGAUGCUGUUCUACGACAUUGCCAUAACGAUUGGUCAAGAGGUCGAGCGGAUUUGGGCACAGCCAACCUACUCCCGGAUAACACUUCUGUUCGCAUUGCGCCGUGAACCGACAGAACAGGUAUUUGACUCCUCUGGGAUACAUCGUGAUCAUCAAGCACUGAAGAUUGUCACUGCUACCGUUAUUGGCAUCAUCUUUGUCCUUCGCGUGCAUGCUAUAUACAAUCGAGGGUUCAAGAUCACCCUCUUUGCUUCGGCGGCGCUGGUAACGGAACUGGCUGUCAAGAUUUGGGCGUUUACGGAUGGGACUCGGUUGGUUCUUCCGGAAGGACUCGUGGGUUGUAUACUUGUUGGGAGAAACCAUAAACGAUUUGUCUUCACAUGGAUCGCCGAACUCGCCUUUGAUUCGAUCAUAUUCUUCCUCACCCUAUGGAGAACACUCGUCCUUUAUCGAAGACAGGGUGCUCAGCCGAUGUCGCUGUUCGCCUUGGUCGUCCGGGACGGCGUGGUGUACUUUGCCGUUAUCUUCAUUGCGAACGUCAUUACUGUUCUCAUGUUCUUGCUUGCACCGCCUGAUCUGAAAGCUAUGAACGCGAGUUUCAGUACUUUAAUUACGAGUUUGAUGGUUUCGCGCCUCAUUCUCAAUCUGAAAGGAGCGGCGUUGACAAGGGCGCCGGUACAAGAUAGUCGAGGACCUAUAGUUGUAGAUUCGUGUUACCUGCAUUCUAUGAAUGAUGAAGACCCCAAGUCUCGACAGACGCUGUCGCACAGAGGCAUGUCAACGCAUGAGAUUCGUUAUGAAUUGGCUAGAAUUACCAGAAGUUGA